CCGGUUUCCCCGACUCUCGCUUUGCGGCACCCUAUGGAUGAAACGGAGUCAGGGCUGUGGCAAUCUGACCUUGCGUCGACCAACAAUGGUGAUUCAGGUCCCGUGAGCGGAGCACAUCCCAAUCCCGCCAGCUCCACACCAGCUCAACAGACUACAUCGAAAUCCCCUGCAGCAUCUACACCGUGGACAUCACAGACUACAACGUUUCCCGCGUCCAAUAGUGGGCCAUCAGGCUUUACUCAAUUCUCGGCAUCGACUGCUGAAAUUCUUAAGAGAUUACAAGCAAGUAAUACCAAUGCGACAGGGACGCCUGCGUUCGAGGCAAAGAGAGCGGAGGUGCUGCAAAGCUAUGUCACAAGCGAUAAGCUUCCGACACCGCCGCCAGUUGCAAAUUCGAAUCGAAGGGGAAGGGGUGGUAGGACUGCGACACCCAAGAUGGUAGAUGGUGCGACUGGAUCGGCGCAAAGUACACCUGCUUCUGGGAGAGGGUCUGGUAGGGGGAGAGGCCGGGGGAAGGGACGCGGAAGCGCAAGGGGCGGUGGGAGAGGAGGGAAAAGGAAGAGGCCAGAGAGUGAGGAAAGCGAUGACGACUCUGAUAUAUCUUCCUCAUACACCCCACUCCCUACACGGACCAAAUCCGGCCGCAAUAUCAACAAGCCUGUUGCUUUCGUACCUGUAAUCCCGGAACCUACGCAGACUGUGAAGCGGCGCCGGUCAACCAAGACAAUCUUAGCAGCGCAGUGUAAAAUCUGCCACCGGGGCACUGAUCCAGGGAACAACCGUAUUGUGUUCUGCGACAAUUGCACCACAGCCUACCACCAAUAUUGUCAUAAUCCGCCUAUCGAUAACGAGGUGGUAACUGUUCUCGAAAAGGAGUGGCUAUGCGGUCCUUGCUCACGGUCCAAGGAGGAGACUGUCGUGGUAGAACCUACUGCAGAGGAAUUGAUAGCGGCUCCAGAAGGGUUCUCAGAUGCUGAUAAACGCACAUACUUUUCUACUCUCAGUCACGCAGAUAUGACCUCUCUUCUGUUGCAAGCUACCACCCGCCACCCCGACCUCCCAAUAUUCCCACCGAACGUGCGUAGCCUUCUCCCCAGCUCCGCGAACCCCUCCACUUCAGUUCCCAACCCGAACUCAACAUCACAAAACCACCAGCAAAUAACACAAUCAUCACUACCUACAAAACCGCCAGCAGCGGGCCAUGUUAGCUCCACAGGCGGUACUCCACACUCUGUCAACCCACUGACAACAUCUACCAACUCCGAGCUAGACUCCGCGGAAGCCCAGCUCCUCAACGAAUCUCAACAUACGCAACCUACCCCCUUUUCUGUAGAAAAAGCAUCCACAUCCGCCGCUGCCACAAGCAAUGGCAACACCAUUCCGCAGCAGGUCGACGAGUACGACGAUGGCUACGAUACCGAUCCACCCGUGCAUUAUCCUAAAGCUGGAAACGGACUGGCUAGGACGAUGAGACCGGAGAGCGAGGACCUGCAAUGGCUAGUCGACGACAAUUUUGAAGUGUUUAGUCACGGGUGGAAAGGCGAUGGGACUGGUGUUGGUGCUGAUGGUACUUUGAACGGGCUUGGCGAUGCUGCCAUGGAAGACGUGCGGAACGGGAAGGCGUAA